AGACAAGCCCUUGGGCCAAUUGGAAGAGCAGCUGGGUGGGCUGGUCCCACCAAGACCAUGAAACUGCACCCCGCUCACUCUGGUGACCCAGGCUCUUCCAGACUCUGCGACCUAACUGACCCUUGGGUUCGAGGCGAGGAUGAGGGAAAUUGUGCACAUUCAGAUCGGCCAGUGCGGCAACCAGAUCGGGGCCAAGUUCUGGGAGGUGAUCGGGGAAGAACAUGGAAUCGACUGCACUGGAAGCUACUGUGGGGCUUCGGCCCUCCAGCUGGAGAGGAUCAGCGUUUACUACAACGAAGCCUACGGUAAGAAGUACGUGCCCCGAGCUGUCCUUGUGGACCUGGAGCCCGGGACAAUGGACAGCAUCCGAUCCAGCCGAUUGGGAGUUCUCUUUCAGCCUGACAGUUUUGUUCAUGGUAACUCUGGUGCUGGCAACAACUGGGCCAAGGGCCACUACACAGAGGGAGCGGAGCUGAUCGAGAACGUAGUGGACGUGGUGAGGAGGGAGAGUGAGAGCUGCGACUGCCUACAGGGUUUCCAGCUCGUGCACUCUCUGGGCGGAGGCACCGGCUCCGGCAUGGGCACCCUGCUCAUGAACAAGAUCAGGGAGGAGUACCCAGAUCGGAUCCUGAACUCCUUCAGCGUCAUGCCCUCCCCCAAGGUAUCGGACACGGUGGUAGAGCCCUAUAAUGCCGUGCUCUCCAUCCACCAGCUGAUAGAGAACACAGACGCCUGCUUCUGCAUAGACAACGAAGCACUCUACGACAUUUGUUUCCGCACCCUGAGGCUGACCACACCCACCUACGGGGAUCUCAACCACCUGGUGUCCUUGACCAUGAGUGGGAUCACGACCUCACUGCGCUUUCCCGGCCAGCUCAAUGCAGAUCUGCGCAAGCUGGCCGUGAAUAUGGUGCCCUUCCCUCGCCUUCACUUCUUCAUGCCUGGCUUCGCGCCACUCACAGCCCAGGGUAGCCAGCAGUACCGAGCACUCUCUGUAGCGGAGCUCACCCAACAGAUGUUCGAUGCCCGCAACAUCAUGGCUGCCUGUGACCCUCGCCGCGGCCGCUACCUGACCGUGGCUUGUAUUUUCCGGGGUAAGAUGUCCACCAAGGAAGUGGACCAACAGUUGCUGUCCAUUCAGACAAGGAACAGCAACUGCUUUGUGGAAUGGAUUCCCAACAAUGUCAAGGUAGCCGUGUGUGACAUCCCGCCCCGGGGGCUGAACAUGGCCGCUACCUUCCUGGGCAACAAUACAGCCAUCCAGGAGCUCUUCACCAGGGUCUCUGAGCACUUCUCAGCUAUGUUCAGAAGGAGAGCGUUUGUGCACUGGUACACCAGUGAGGGCAUGGACGUAAGUGAGUUUGGGGAAGCCGAGAGAGACAUCCAUGACCUGGUGUCCGAGUACCAACAAUUUCAAGAUGUCAGAGCAGGGCUAGAGGACAGUGAAGAGGGUGGCGAGGAGGAGGCAGAGGCAGAGAUGGAGGCAGGAGACAAAGACCAUUAGCUAGAAGAGAAGCUACAGGGCAGCCACGUUCAGAAGUGUCUCCAGAGAUUCGAGGCUGUCAUUCGGGCAGGGGUGGCACACGCCUUUAAUCCCAGCACUUGGGAGGCAGAGGCAGGCGGAUUUCUGAGUUCGAGGCCAGCCUGGUCUACAGCCUGAGUUCCAGGACAGCCAGGGCUAUACAGGGAAACCCCGCCUCAAAAAAACAAACAAACAACCCCCCAAAACAAACAAAAAAACAAAAAACCAAAAAAACCAAAACAACCCCCCCCAAAAGUUGUGGCUGUCCCGAAGCCUUUAGGGGCCCUAGUCCCCUACCUUGGAAUAGCAAUGAGAACAGCUAGGCCUUUGCACAGUUACUAGACAGGCUUGAUAACCAAUGCACGCUUUUCCUUUUUCCUUUUUAAAUAGCAAGUGAGUUUACUGUAGUGAGCCCUAGUUAUCUUUUACCAGUUGUAGGAUAGACAUGCAGACAAAGUGAGCAAGUUUGCCAGGAGCCCUUUAGCAGUGUUGCUGGGUACCCAGUGCACAGGGCAGCCAGGAUGUUUCAGAGUCCUCCUUCACAAAGCCAGCAGAGAUGGGUGUCUGAAGAGCGUGUGGGAGGCCCAGGGCCAACGGAAGGAUGAGUCUGCCUCCGUGGUCAAGCGUGGGGACCUUAUGUACCAUUCCACAGGCCGACUGGAAAAAGACAAAAGGAGGCGAGAGAAACCUCGCCUCUCCUCUCGGCUCCCACCGUCCAAAAGACCAUUGAGAGCAAAGCGUUCCAGUCCCUGGGCCUUUGUUUCCCAGUAACCAGCCUCCAAGCUAUUUCUCUGUGUUUUCUUAUUAGAACGAGAUGCCAGUAGUUCGCUAAUGAUCGGCCUUGGUUUUCCUCUUAAAGGCUGAGGAUGCUCUUUUAUUCUCACUUACUCAUUGCCUCUGAAGCGGCUGCACAGCCUCUCCUGCUUGCCUGCCCGCCCGCUCGCUGGAAAGGGCACGUAGCCGCGAUGCCACAGCAGCAUCCUCCUUGGUGACAGAGGGAGGACAUGGUCUCAUUAGGGAACUUUUAUAGUUCAGAUUAAUUUGCAGAAGUUGCCAUAGACAUCAGCUGGAUGACACAGCUUUAAGCAUCAUGCAGUUGUAAUCUCACAUUAUAACAGGACUGAGCACGCAGGAGCCUUUUACCAUUUACCUAGGUCUGAGGUGCCUGUGGUCUUGGUAGUUUGCUGGAAUUAUCCAGCUCUCCUGUUUGACCUCUCCAAAAGGGAGUUAUUUGCAUGAUACUGGAUUCUUGGUUUGCCCCUAGGAUGGGGGGUGGGGUAGAACCCAAGGCCUUGGGAUGUGCUAGGCAAGUCCUCUGUCACCAGCUAUUCCUUUGGGCCCCAGUUUAUAAUCAUCAAUGAUAAAGCAGCAGGUGGAUGGCACUCUCUUCGUUUGUGUACUGUAAGGAAAUACAUAAGAUUCAUAACUAGAGAAAAUCAGGCCCUAUUGUUGAUAAGACUUGUCAAGCUCCUGUUUAUGUGAUUGAAAAAAAGCACCAAGUCUUUUAAAUAUCUUCCACUUUAGUGUGGACUAAGAAACACCGGCUUAAGUGAGAUAUGCACCUCUCCAAGAUUAGCUGGAAAAACUUCUUUAGAUGCCAACAAGGCUUACAGUCCACAACUCUGUGGGAAUCAGCUGCACACUUAACCUGGACGCUUUCACUGUAAGCCUCAAAAGGCAAUUACAUACAUGCAAAAACCAGACCUUAAUUCUUUUGAAAAAAAAUUUUUUUGGCUUUAUAAGAUUGUGAAGACUUCUGUUUGUUCACAAAUAACCACUAAAAUGCAAAUAAAUUCCACUUCAUUUUA